CCAUUGUUCAUUGAGGUUGGAACCAUCCCCAUGUUUGUCGCAAAAAAGCUGUCGGACCAAGAUUGCAGUCUCUGAAAAGGAAAAGCUUCAAGUACGUACAACAAGAAAGUAUGACGUCCUCUUCUUGUAUCUUCACACUGCUAAUUUUGUUCGCGAAUGUUUCUUGAGUCAUGAGUUGGUGUCAUCCUGACAAGAGGACAGACAAUCCACAUGGCCGCUGCUGUGUUUUUCCUUUUGUAUAUGGAGGAAAGACAUACAACUCUUGCACAAAAGUCGCUCAUCACAUAUUUUGGUGUUCAUUAGACAAAGUUUACAAAGGACAUUGGGCUAACUGCGUGAACCCAUGUACAAACAACCCUUGUCAAAAUGGAGGAGUCUGCACAGUAACUGGAGAUGACUCUUACAGCUGUAAAUGUGCCGAGGGGUUUUAUGGAAACAAUUGUGAAAAAGGGCUCCGUUGUCCACCUGGAAAAAAGACAGACAAUCCGCAUGGCCGCUGCUGUGUUUUUCCUUUUGUGUAUGGAGGGAAGAAGUACAAAUCUUGCACCACAGUCGCUCAUCACAGACUGUGGUGUUCAUUAGACAAAGUUUACAAAGGGCAUUGGGCUAACUGCGUGAACCCAUGUACAAACUACCCUUGUCAAAAUGGAGGAGUCUGCACAGUAACUGGAGAUGACUCUUACAGCUGUAAAUGUACCGACGGGUAUUUUGGAAACAGUUGUGAAAAAGCGAGCCCAUGUAAAUCACUUCCAUGUAAGAAUGGUGGAACAUGCACAAUGAGUGGUCCUGAUUCAUUCUUUUGUACAUGCACUGACGAGUUUAAAGGAGAAACAUGCGAAAAACGACUCCCUUGUCCAUCUGGCAAAAAGACAGACAACCCGCAUGGUCGCUGCUGUGUUUUUCCUUUUGUGUAUGGGGGGAAGAAGUACGAAUCUUGCACCAAAGUCGCUCAUAACAGAUUGUGGUGUUCAUUAGACAAAAUUUACAAAGGACAUUGGGCUAACUGCGUGAACCCGUGUACAAAUAAUCCUUGUCAAAAUGGUGGAGUCUGCACAGUAACUGGAGAUGACUCUUACAGCUGUAAAUGUGCCGAAGGAUAUUGUGGAAAAAGUUGUGAAAAAGCAGUCGAGUGGAAAUCUGAAGGAUGUUAUAAAGAGCACAACAGGGCAAGGAAAAUGGUACUUGGAUAUAAAUUUGCUACCGUCCAGAGAAAGAAACGAAAGAUUAAGGAGGUAUUCGAUAUUUGUAAAGUUGCAGCGGAGAAGAAAGGUUACAAGAUAUUUGGCAUCCGAAAUAUGAAAGGAUGUUUCACAACAAGUGAUGGAGAAGUGCACAAUUUUAAAAAAUACGGAACUUCAUCCAAUUGUAAAGUAGAUUACAACGGUCUUGGUGUUGGGAAGAAACUCGCCAACUUUGUCUUCACCAGGCUGUGAAGAGAGGGUCAAUCAAGAUAUGCAACAAUACAAUAAAAGCAUGGGAUGUAAUAAGUCGUUCUAACUGAUUAAAAUGAAAAUGUUGUUGUGUUAAGGGUUUAUAUCAUUAAAGGGUUACAUUUCAUUUGAUCGUUUUUCAUUAAAGGAUAAGUAGGGCUUAACUGUGAAAUAAAAAACGCAAUCCGAAUUGGUAGAGGUUGUCUCCUCUUUUAUUAGAACUAUGGCGGUAAUUGGUGUUUAAAUUCCUGAGAUGAAAAAAAAAAACAGUUCAUAAAAGUU